CCUCGGAGAGGGAGAGCGCUGGGCGCGUGUGAGAGAGAGUGCGGGAGUCCCGCAGACCGAAAGUGGAAGAGCUGAGCGGCGGAGCGCGAGACUUACUGCUGCUCUGACCGAGGAAUGAGUCCCAUAGCCCGGCCACAGACACACACACCAGCCGCGCCGGCAGGAGCCAUGUGUUAGAGCUGCUGGGCACUUUUACCAAAUAAACACACACUUAGCUGCACAAAGCCCCACAAAGCCUCCAUCAUGGUGAUCAUGAGAGAGAGCAACGCGGGGUGCGAGACCAGCGCUGCCCAGGGAAGGCCUCUCCAGGUGGGAUUCUACGAAAUCCUCCGCACACUGGGCAAAGGAAACUUCGCUGUGGUCAAACUGGCCAGGCACAAAGUGACUAAAACACAGGUUGCCAUUAAAAUAAUAGACAAGACACGACUGAACUCCUCCAACCUGGAGAAAAUCUACAGGGAGGUUCAGAUCAUGAAGCUGCUGAAUCACCCGCACAUCAUCAAGCUUUAUCAGGUCAUGGAGACCAAAGACAUGCUGUACAUCGUCACGGAGUAUGCAAAAAAUGGAGAGAUGUUCGACUUCCUGACGUCCAACGGACGGAUGAGUGAAGCUGAGGCACGGAAAAAGUUCUGGCAGAUCCUGACAGCUGUGGAUUACUGCCACCGGCACCACAUCGUCCACCGGGACCUCAAGACUGAGAACCUGCUGCUGGACGCCAACAUGAACAUCAAACUGGCAGACUUCGGGUUUGGAAACUUCUAUAAGACUGGCGAGCCCCUCUCCACGUGGUGUGGCAGCCCACCGUACGCCGCCCCUGAGGUCUUUGAGGGAAAAGAGUAUGAGGGUCCACAGUUGGAUAUUUGGAGUCUGGGUGUUGUAUUAUAUGUUUUGGUGUGCGGCUCGUUGCCGUUUGAUGGGGAAAGUUUGCCAGCUUUGAGACAGAGAGUGACUGAAGGACGAUUCAGAAUACCCUUCUUCAUGUCAGAAGACUGUGAGAAUCUGAUCCGGAAGAUGUUGGUGGUUGACCCAGCCAAGCGCAUCACCGUCGCUCAGAUCAAGCAGCACCGGUGGAUGCUGGCUGACCCCACCGCCCCCCACCAGACGCUCACACACUCCCUCAGCGACUACAACUCCAACCUGGGGGACUACAGUGAGCCCGUGCUUGGCAUCAUGCAGACGCUGGGAAUCGACAGGCAGAGGACUGUGGAGUCUCUUCAGAGCAGCAGCUACAAUCACUUCUCUGCCAUCUACUACCUUCUCCUGGAACGGGUGAAGGAGCACCGCAGCCAGCAGCUGAACCGGCAGUGCGGCGCUUGGAACCAGAGAAGCAGGAGCACGUCCGAUUCCUCUGGCCCAGAGGUGAUCAUGGAGUCGACUGACGGCUUCCGCCCUGCUUUCCCUCCUGUCACUGCUAAGAUGAACCCGCUGGUCCAUUCGCAGAUGGAGUGUGACCAGGGAGGUCUGUUUCAGCGGGUGGUGUGCCCAGUCGAGGCCAGUCUCAGUGGGUUGCUGUGGAAUCGCUCCAUUUCCCCCAACAGCCUGCUGGAGACCACCAUCAGUGAAGAGGUGCGACCAGGAGACUUGGAAGAAGAGGAAGUGGCUCUGCAUGCCCCGCCCCCACCUCUUCCAAGCACCGCCUCUCGCAGACACACCCUCGCUGAAGUCUCCACACGCUUCCAUCAGUGCAACCCACCUUGUAUUGUCAUCAGUCCUUCAGAUGGUGCCUCUUCUGACAGCUGUCUGAAGUCUUCUUCUAACCCAGCCCCAGCCUUGUCCGCCGCUGCUGUAGCAGACCUCUCAGCUCUGCUGUCUUCUGGGAUCGGGCCUGGAGCUUCUGGGCCUGUCGGAGCCCCUCUCGCCCUCUCCUCUAACCGGCUCCUGCAGAACCAGGGCAGUCUACAUGCGGUCAGCUUCCAGGAGGGCAGAAGGGCUUCUGACACGUCCCUUACACAAGGACUGAAGGCGUUCCGACAGCAGCUGAGGAAGAACACCCGAGCCAAGGGUCUCCUGGGCCUGAAUAAGAUCAAGGGUCUGGCCAGACAGGUGUGCCCUCCGACCUCGUGCCCCAGAGGCAGCCGGGGGUCACUGGGGCCGACCCUGUGCCCCCCAUCCAGCCUACAAGGCUCCAGCGGCCCCCGAGAACGCCGCAGCAUGCUGGAGGAGGUGCUGCAUCAGCAGAGGAUGCUGCAGAUCCAGCACCAGCCACACGUCCAGCCUCAGCCACAGCAGCAGGCUGCUCUCUUCCUGUCUCAGUCCCACCAACUGCCCUCCUCUCCUCCCUCCAACAACCUCUUCGCUCCAGCUGCCCUGUUCUCCAACCCCCCCAUCCAGACCCCCAACCAACCCCUUAUUCCAGUGUGCCAGCAGAACGCACUGCCACUCCAGCACAGCCUAUGGCAGCAACAGCAGCAGCAGAUACAACCUCUGGACUCCUCCUCUUCUUCUUCUUCUUCUUCUACUUGUUCAACAUCUUCCUCAUCCUCCUCUCUUUCUCCGGUGGUGUGCACAGCCCACCUCCUGGAGGCUCGCUUGCAUAUCAGCCAGCAGCCCCACUUCCAGCCUCUCCCUCAGGCCCAGCAGCAGCAGCACCUCCAGCAAUUCCAGAGCCAAACCCACGGUCACUUCCAGCUCCUGCCCCAGCAGAUAGGCUGGAACCUGGGAUCCAGUGGCAGCAGCCAGGCUUCUGAGCUCCAGGAGCAGCUGGCCUGUGCUGGACAACAGCUCAACAGCUGCGUGAUGGUCAAAUAAAGGACAAUAAAUAAACUUGAACUUGAAAACUUGAAGGUAAUGGCAAUGGAGGAUAACCAAGGUAGGAGAAUCCUAGUAGAUGCAGAGCUGUGCAUUAGGAGAAUCCCAGAAUGGACUCCACAGGAGACAGCUUAGCAACUCUCCGAAUUAACAUGCACUUCCAUAUCAGCGUGCGUCCAUGUGCAUGCGGAGGGGUUGACAGGAAGCGAGCAAAAGAAGAAGCAAUAACCAAACCCUUUUGCAAAGGUCCUUUCACCCAACACCUCGCUGACGAGUAGUCUCCCACCCACAGAAAGCAAUAAAAGACUGAACGACCUGCUGUGAAACGUGGGCUCUCACCGGGGUGUCUUCAGCGAACACAUAAAGGACUGACCUACAGACGAUUACGAUUAUGAUUACGGUUAAGAUUAUGUCAGAGAUAACUGACUGUCUUCAUAAUUUAAGCGUAUGAGAAUAGGACGGUUACGUCUUCCUUAUGGUCGGUUUUUAUGUUUUUUAUCGUCUAGGUUUUAGAGCUACGAGCUACGUACCUCUGUUGCUGUUACUAUUUCUUCACUUCACUGGAAAAAGACCAAAGUUGUUUUUGUUUUUCUUUUUUUUGCCUUUUUUUUUAAACGUUUUUAUGUUUUUUUAUACCAAUCCUUUAAAGGAAAUGCAGUAUGCGAGUUAUCCUAAACUUCCAAACAAGAAGAAAGAAAUCCUGCAGUUUCUCAGACUGCAAUGUGAAACGAGUCGAGCGCAAUAUAGAUAAAUAAGAUGAACUAGAGCUGCUUUAUUUGAGGAGAGAAUGAGCUUUUUUUUUCGUGGUACUUUCGUCAUUGGACGGGAAUGUGGAAAGCAAUGCUAGCUUAACAAAAAAAAAAGGAAGCACAAAACAGUAGGUACUGCCCUGACGUUCCGUUAGAUCAGCUGACCAUAAAACGUGUUUUUGUAUGUGUGUGUGUGUGUGUGUUUUUGUGUGAACGAGUGACCAUGACCUCUUAUGCUGCUUAGUGCCGUGUCAUGCCUAGACUUAGACUCUUAGUCAGUAAUGCUGAACGCCAGAAAAGCUUUUGGUUGGUUUGUUUGUUUGUUUAGCUUUUAAUCACUUGAUUUCAGUCCCAAAGGAAAAGAAGAAAAGCUGAAGGAACAGUCACUUCUGUAAUCAUAUCACUACCUCCUCCUUCAGCGGUGACGACUCCCUUCACACUGCGAUAUAUGUAGAUAUAAAUGUAGUCUCUGGAAUAUAAAGGUUACUCAGUGGACAGAUGGUUCUAGGAAGCUCAUUUGAAUUGGAACAGAAACUUUAUGAUGAACUUCAUGAAACUAGACUACAUGCUCAUAUUGUUCAGGUUCUAGGGUCAGAAAAAGGGACCAGGAGUGCUGUGCAUGGGCCCCAUCUGUGUUCAACAAUUCACAUGGUGCCUAGAUAGAAACCCAUGUGAGAUAAGGGUGGUCUGUAAUGAUGGGGCCCAUUUGGAAAGCCCAACUUGGUCCCAGGAAGAACCCAUUUGAGCCUCAUAUGAUCAUGCUGUCUAGACUUUAACUCAUCUCACAAAGAAAUCAAUCAGACAAUAAUAAAAAAAAAUGGCUACUUUUCCCUUUUCCCCAGUAUGAAUUUUCUUGCGUAACCGUGUAAUCUACACAAAAGAGAGAAAGAGAGAUUGAGAGAAAGAAAGAACAAAGCGUACGGGAUUAGUGCAAUACUUUACACUGAAACGUAGUAGAACCAGGUAAAGAAGCUGAUUUUUAUUUGAAUGAUUGUAUGAGAUGCUCUGGCCUUGACCUUUUCUGGAUCAGGGAAGUGACGUGCUGGCUUGCUUUGUACAAAUGGCAGAAAUGAGCAACCAAUAAAAAGAGAGCAGGAGGGAAGAGCAGGGUUUUGAUCUGAAACCUCCCUGUAAAAAAAGUAUAAAAGUCUAGAGUAGUUCCUUAAAUAACCUCUUAGGUUCUUGGAGGUUACUCCAAUACCUUAUAAUUGGGCAGAUGAAGUCUGGUUCCACAAAAAGCAAGGAAGAGAAGGUUCCUUGAGGAUCUACUCUGAGGAACAGAGUGAAAAAAGCUAUCGAUUGCACAAAGUGUAGCUUAUACAGUUCUUUUACAGUAGCUACAGUAGCUGCCUGCAACUGGGAGUAGGUUCUUAUGGAGAUGGUUAAGCAAUCUAUCAGUGAACAUGUAGUCUCCCUGUCUUGAGGGACAGUGGCUAUACUCAAAUGUUCAUAUUAUUAUUAUUAUUAUUAUUAAUAAUUCUUUUUCUCUCUCUUUGUAGCAAUAUGGUAAUAUGGUACCUAAGCAGAACUUACGUGUGCUUCUAGCAGUUCUAGCAGGUGCUAGAAGUAGAUUUUAAACAGUGUUUAAUCUGUGUGUGUGUAUGAAUAUGAGUGUAUGAGUUUGGUAUCGUGCAUUUAACAUUGGUUAAAAGCACGUCCUUUAUUCCCCCCUAUUAAUUCUACUGCAUGUCUGUCUAGUUAAUGAACACAAGCAGUUUUACACUUUAGUUAGAGCUAAACUGAACUGUAGGAUUGGAAUACAGAACACAGGCAGGGUUUGAAUCCAGUGACUGAAAAAAAGAUAAGCUGAGGCGAAGUGAAGCGAUGGCGAGAAACAGUGUUAAUUCCCAUUUUAUUCAUUUUGUUUAGUUUUUUUUUUUUUUUGUACACCUUUUGCACUCACCACCAACACUUGUGCCUUUUUUCUGAACAAAAUGGUGAGGAAUGCAAAGCUGUUUAACUGGUCUGAUUUUAGGGCGUGAUAAAAAAAAAAAAAAAAAAAAAAAAAAAAGCACAUUGAGAAAAAAUGUGGUCCUUACGCUUUUCAGUAGAUCAGAAGCCCCUUUUUAUACUUUCUUUUACGUUUGCUGUUUCAAAGUGAUGCACUUUACGAUGAAAACUUCUUCUCAUUUUCAAAAUAGUGUUGGUUUCCACUGCUGGCUUAGAAACGUCUGUAGUGUUACUCCUCAAAGUUACGUUACGACUCGAACACUAUUUUUUGGAUGCAGAAAUGUAAAAAUGAAAACAAAAAAAUCUCUUUUGUUAACAUUUUUGGAUAUACUUACCUGAUCUGCUUGCUGACUGUAUGUGAAUGUGUGUCUCGGAUGUGUGAAAAAUGUGUGUGUACAUGCCAGGAAGGGAGAGAAAGUGAUUGUUUUAUUUAUGUGGCUAUUUAUUUGAAUAAAAUUGAAAUUAAUAAGA